AUGGGCAGCCCGCGGGCUGUGCUGCACCGCUGCUGGCUGCCGUCCCUGCUGCUGCCCGCACUGCUGGCCCCCGGCCCGGCCGGCUCCGCGGCCCCGCCGCCCGUGCACUGCGCUCCGUGCACGGCAGAGAAGCUCGCCCUGUGCCCGCCCGUCCGGCCCGGCUGCACCGAGACCGCUCGGCAGCCCGGCUGCGGCUGCUGCCAGACCUGCGCCCUCGGGCCGGGCCAGCCCUGCGGUGUCUACACGGCCCGAUGCCGGCAGGGGCUCCGCUGCCACGUCCCGGCCGGAGAGCCCCGGCCGCUCUCUGCUCUCAUCCGGGGCCAAGGGACGUGCCUGCCCGCCAGCGAGGCCGCGGGGAUGAGCACGGCGGACACAGCAGACUCUAUCGAACCUGACGAUAUGCCUUUGGAAAGCACUGAAAUGACACAGGAUCAGCUGCUGAGCUACCAGCUGAUGUUUCCCAUCGGUCAGGACAGAUCCAUCCCCUGGAAUGCCAUCACUGCAUAUGAAAACAUGAAAGCAAAGAGAAUAUCUGAACUCAAGAAAUGGAAAGAGCAGGGACCUUGUCAGAAGGAGCUCUAUAGAGCCCUGUAUAAACUGGCAAAGGCUCAGCAGAGGAGCGGAGGGGAGAUUUACAAAUUCUACUUGCCCAACUGCAACAAGAAUGGGUUUUACCACAGCAAACAGUGUGAAACUUCACUGGAUGGAGAGUCUGCUGGAUGCUGGUGUGUCUAUCCAAAAACUGGAAGAAGGAUUCCUGGAUCUCCAGAAAUGACAGGAGACCCUGAAUGCCAACAGUAUCUCAACUCGCAGGAAUAAAACUAACCACAUUCAUCCACACCAGGUUUUCUGUGGGGCCUGAUCUGGUCAGGAGA